AUGAAGAAUUGUUGGAAGGUUAGCCCAAGUAAUCGACCAACAUUUUCUCAAAUAUGGCAAGAUCUUCAUGACAUGUUGGCUGAUAAUGAGGUUAGUCCAUGCACAGGUUAUUUGCGUUGUACUACAAUAGGAAUACGCUGCAAAUCCAAAACUCUUGGCCUAAAUUAAAUCUAAAAUUCUAAAUUUUUGCAUCCAAAUUUUGAGCUUCACUAACUAAUUUUGAACUUUACAAACUAUACUUCACUGUAACUAUAGAAAUCUUAGUUGGAUACUUCAUCUGUUAUAUUAUUAGUGCAAGUGUUAGCGAAGAUUUCCGAUUCUUUGAAGCAGUAUAACGUGCUAGUUAUUUGUGGCAGUUAUUUUUGUUACAAAUGUUACUCCUCAGGAUAUGUGUACUACAUACCUGGAGUAAGCAUGAUAAUGAGGUGCGUCCAUGUACAGGUUAUUUGCGUUGUACUACUAUAGGAAUACGCUGAAAAUCCAAAUCUCCUAGCCGGAAAUAAAUUUAAAUUUCUAAAUUUUCGCAUCCAAAUUAUGAGCUUCACUUAGUAGUCUAUGUGUUUCAUGUAUAUAUUAUAAAAAUAGCCGACAGGUGACAAUAACUUUCAUGUCAAGUAACAUGUGAAAAUAAUUACAUUUCAUAUGCAAAUGUGAAAUUUAAAUCAGAUAUGACCGAUUACAUAUCAGUAAUAUAAUCAGGUUCCUUGCACGCGCAACUCAAUGCAUAAUGUAUUUUGGUAACCUUUUUCUCUCCAAUCAGCGAACCUUAUUUACUGGUUAUGCUUACUUCCGGAGCAUGCGCAUAGACUAUGGCUAUGACUAUGCAUAUGUGAUCAACUUACUGCCAGAUUGAACCAGAUUUUAAAAACAUGAAAGAAACUGAGGACGCUAGUUUGAUAAAAUGAGGUGAUAGUGAAACAUUCAUUCUUUUUCAACUUUGCUUUCAAGAAAUGCGAAGUAGGGAAUUAUAAUUAGAGAUGUUAUUUCAUUAACGUCGAGCUUGAUUUAAUUGUUUAUUAAUAUACAUUUGUUGCUUUGAAAUUUAUUUGCCUAAACACAUUUUCCUUAAAGUUUUCAAGAAUAAGCUGUAUAAUAUAAAUUGCACAUUUCAUUUCAAAUACUAUUGAUUUGAUCAUAAUCACGGCAAAUAGCAGUUAACACGUUCUACGAUAGGGUUGCAUAUUCUAUUUAGCCUAAUUUUUAGAUAAAUGCCUACAUAUCAGCUCAUAUCGUCAAAAAACGGGCAUAAUUUGUUUCCGUCUUGCAGAAUCAACCUAAUUUAUUAAAAAUAGUCCAGAAAAAUAUCAAUUCUGGAACUAUUGCAGGGGAAUGAUCAAAUCUGUCCAAAUGGGAUAGAUCCAAUGCAAUUACAAAACAUUUAUGAAUGAGUAAUUGGAGAAGUGGUUUUGAAUGCGUUCAACAGCACUCGUUUUUGAAUAUAUCGCAAACCGCCUAACAUAACAUAAAAAACCCAACUAAACAGUAAAUAAACACUUUGACAACAGAUUAAAAAAAAACUUUAUUUAUACCCACUUUAUUAAGAUACAGUAUAUACAAUAAAGGCAAUAAUAUACAAGGAAUCUAUGGUACGAAUAUGCUAUAAUUUACAAUAGUUUUGGUUAAGAUAGCAUCAGCUAAGGAAAAUGGAAAUCAAUUUACCGAUUUUAGCGCUAAUGAAAAUGGUUUUGGAUGCAUCCAAAACCAAUCCCUAGACAAAUGCAAACAAAUUAGGCAAUUCAUAGCUCAUGAGAAUGGUCCAAAACCAAACCUAUAGGAAAAUGCAAAUCAAUUUACCGAUUUUAGUGCCAAUGAAAAUGGUUUUGAAUACAUCCAAAACCAAUCCCUAGACAAAUGCAAACAAAUUAGGCAAUUUAUAGCUCAUGAGAAUGGUUUUGGACGCGUCCCAUACCAACCCUGUAGGAGAAUGCAAAUCAAUUUGCCGAUAUGUCCAAAACUAUCCUAGAGAAAUGCAAACCAAUUCGCUGAUUUUAGCAAAAAAUCUCCAGACAAAUGAAAACAAAUCAGCCGAUUUUAGUGCGUUUGGAAAUGGUUUUAGAUGCAUCCAAAACCAAUCUCCAAACAAGUGCAAGCAAAUUGGCCAAUUUAUAGCUCAUGAGAAUGGUUUUGGACGCGUCCAAAACCAACCUGUGCAGGAAAAUGCAAAUCAAUUUACCGACUUUAGCGCUAGUGAAAAUGGUUUUGGAUGCAUCUAAAACCAAUCUCUAGACAAAUGCAAACAAAUUAGCCAAUUUAUAGCACAUGAGAAUGGUUUCGGACGCGUCCAAAACCAACCCUGCGAGAAAAUGCAAAACAAUUGACCAAUAUGUCCAAAACUAUCCUGGAGAAUUGCAAACCAAUUCGCCAAUUUUAGCAAAAAUUCCCCAGACAAAUGAAAACAAAUCAGCCGAUUUUAGUGCUUUUGAAAAUGGUUUUAGAUGCGUCCAAAACCAAUCCCUAGACAAAUUUGCCAAUGUAUAGCUCAUCAGAAUGGUUUUGGAUGCGUCAAAAACCAACCCUGCAGGAAAAUGCAAUUCAAUUCACCAAUUUUAGCGCGAAUGAAAAUGGUUUUGGAUGCAUCCAAAACCAAUCCCUAGACAAAUGCAAACAAAUUAGGCAAUUCAUAGCUCAUGAGAAUGGUUUUGGAUGCGUCCUAAACCAAACCUAUAGGAAAAUGCAAAUCAAUUUACCGAUUUUAGCGCCAAUGAAAAUGGUUUUGGAUACAUCCAAAACCAAUCCCUAGACAAAUGCAAACAAAUUAGGCAAUUUAUAGCUCAUUAGAAUGGUUUUGGACGCGUCCCAUACCAACCCUGUAGGAAAAGGCAAAUCAAUUUGCCGAUAUGUCCAAAACUAUCCUAGAGAAAUGCAAACCAAUUCGCUGAUUUUAGCAAAAAAUCUCCAGACAAAUGAAAACAAAUCAGCCGAUUUUAGUGCGUUUGGAAAUGGUUUUAGAUCCAUCCAAAACCAAUCUCUAAACAAGUGGAAGCAAAUUGGCCAAUUUAUAGCUCAUGAGAAUGGUUUUGGACGCGUCCAAAACCAACCCUGCAGGAAAAUGCAACUCAAUUUACCGACUUUAGCGCUAGUGAAAAUGGUUUUGGAUGCAUCUCAAACUAAUCUCUAGACAAAUGCAAACAAAUUAGCCAAUUUAUAGCUCAUGAGAAUGGUUUCGGACGCGUCCAAAACCAACCCUGCGAAAAAAUGCAAAACAAUUGACCAAUAUGUCCAAAACUAUCCUGGAGAAAUGCAAACCAAUUCGCUGAUUUUAGCAAAAAAUCCCCAGACAAAUGAAAACAAAUCAGCAGAUUUUAGUGCUUUUGAAAAUGGUUUUAGAUGCGUCCAAAACCAAUCCCUAGACAAAUUUGCCAAUGUAUAGCUCAUCAGAAUGGUUUUGGAUGCGUCCAAAACCAACCCUCCAGGAAAAUGCAAAUCAACUCACCAAUUUUAGCGCCAAUGAAAUUGUGUUUGGAUGCAUCUAAAACCAAUCUCUAGACAAAUGCAAACAAAUUAGCCAAUUUAUAGCUCAUGAGAAUAGUUUCGGACGCGUCCAAAACCAACCCUGCGAGAAAAUGCAAAACAAUUGACCAAUAUGUCCAAAAAUUUCCUGGUGAAAUGCAAACCAAUUCGCUGAUUUUAGCAAAAAAUCCCCAGACAAAUGAAAACAAAUCAGCCGAUUUUUGUGCUUUUGAAAAUGGUUUUAGAUGAUUCCAAAACCAAUCCCUAGACAAAUUUGCCAAUGUAUAGCUCAUCAGAAUGGUUUUGGAUGCGUCAAAAACCAACCCUGCAGGAAAAUGCAAAUCAAUCGCUGAUUUUAGCAAAAGAUCUCCAGACAAAUGAAAACAAAUCAGCCGAUUUUAGUGCGUUUGGAAAUGGUUUUAGAUGCAUCCAAAACCAAUCUCUAAACAAGUGCAUGAAACAAAUUGGCCAAUUUACAGCUCAUGAGAAUGGUUUUGGACGCGUCCAAAACCAUCCCUGCAGGAAAGUGCACAUCAAUUUACCGAUUUUAGCGCUAGUGAAAAUGGUUUUGGAUGCAUCUAAAACCAAUCCCUAGACAAAUGCAAACAAAUUAGCCAAUUUAUAGCUCAUGAGAAUGGUUUUGGACGCGUCCAAAACCAACUCCGGCGAGAAAAUGCAAAUCAAUUGACCAAUAUGUCCAAAACUAUCCUGGAGAAAUGGAAACCAAUUCGCUAAUUUUAGCAAAAAAUCCCCAGACAAAUGAAAACAAAUCAGCCGAUUUUAGUGCUUUUGAAAAUGGUUUUAGAUGCGUCCAAAACCAAUCCCUAGACAAAUUUGCCAAUGUAUAGCUCAUCAGAAUGGUUUUGGAUGCGUCAAAAACCAACCCUGCGAGAAAAUGCAAAUCAAUUGACCAAUAUGUCCAAAACUAUCCUGGAGAAAUGCAAACGAAUUCGCUGAUUUUAACAAAAAAUACCAAGACAAAUCAGCCGAUUUUAGUGCAUUUGGAAAUGGUUUUAGAUGCAUCCAAAACCAAUCUCUAGACAAAGGCGAACAAAUUAGCCAAUUUAAAGCUCAUGAGAAUGGUUUUGGAUGCGUCCAAAACCAACCCUGCACGAAAAUGCAAAUCAAUUCACCAAUUUUAGCACUAAUGAAAAUGGUUUUGGAUGCAUCUAAAACCAAUCCCUAGACAAAUGCAAACAAAUUAGCCAAUUUAUAGCUCAUGAGAAUGGUUUUGGACGCGUGCAAAACCAACCCCUGCGAGAAAAUGCAAAUCAAUUGACCAAUAUGUCCAAAACUAUCCUGGAGAAAUGCAAACCAAUUCGCUGAUUUUAGCAAAAAAUCCCCAGACAAAUGAAAACAAAUCAGCCGAUUUUAGCACUUAUACAAAUGCAAAGAAAUUAGACAAUUUAUAGCUCAUGAGAAAGAAAUGCGAACAAAUUAGCCAAUUCAUAGUUCAUGAAAAUUGUUUUAGAUGCGUCUAAAACCAAUCCUGUAGGAAAAUGGAAGUCGAUUCACCGAUGUGCCCAAGACUAAUCCUAGAGAAAUACCAAAAAAUUCACUGAUUUUAGCGAAAAAUCCCCAGACAAAUCAGCCGAUUUUAGCGUUUAUGGAAAUGGUUUGGGAUGCGCCCAAAACCAAUCUCUUGGAUGCGUCCCAAACCAUUUUAAAUCGGUAAAUUGAUGUCCAUUUUCUUUUGGAUCGGUUUUGGACGCAUCCAGAACCAUCCUCAUGAGCUAUGAAUUGGCUAAUUUGUUUGCAUUUGUCUAGGGAUUGGUUUUGGACGCAUCCAAAACCAAUUUCAUUACCGCUAAAAUGGGUAAAUUGAUUUCCAUUUUUUAUGUGAUUGGUUUUGGAUGCAUCCAAAACCAUUCUCAUGAGCUACAUAUAUAUUGGCUAAUUUUCCUGCAUUUGUCCAGGGAUUGGUUUUGGAUGGAUCCAAAACCAAUCCAUAGACAAAUGCAAACAAAUGAGCCAAUUUAUAGCUCAUGAAAAUGGUUUUGGAUGCAUCCAAAACCAAUCCCUAGACAGAUGCAAACAAACUAGCCAAUUUAUAGCUCAUGAGAAUGGUUUUGGAUGCGUCCAAAACCAAUCCUAUUGGAAAAUGGAAAUCAUUUUACAGAUUUUAGCGCCAAUGAAAAUGGUUUUGGAUGCAUCCAAAACCAAUCCUAGACAAAUGCAAAUAAAUUUGGCGGUUUCACAGUUUACGAAAAUUGUUUGGGCGUGUCCAAAACCAAUUUGAUAAGAAUAUGGAGACUAAUCGACCAAUUUUCUGUAAGUCAUUAUGAAAAUGGUUUUGGAUGUAUCCAAAACGAAACCUAGAAUUAAUUAUAUAAGCUGUUAUAAAAACCGUUCGUGAUAUACUUAUAGUCAAUGUGGAACAGCAAUCAGUCUGCGUCUUUUGCUUUCUGGCUUUUCAUAAAAUGGCGAAUCUGCCUCCUUGCAUCCGUGUGCAACUUGGAAUUCGAGUGAAGGUGGAAGCCCGGCAGAUAAACACAUUCCUUUGGCAAUUUAUAAUUCAAAGGCAGUUUUUCAUUUGUCAAUGACAAUAAAGAUGGAACAUCUUUCAAAACCGAUAAAUCCUGCAAAGAAAGUUAAGAAGCACAUUUAUCUUUCAAGUAUAUACAUACCGCACAGUAUCAUAAACUGUUUAGAUACAAUAUGGAGAUUAUAUAUAGAUAGCUCAUUGCUAUAGAGUGUGUUAUAUGGAACGGCAAAAACACUAUACCUGCAGGAAAUAAAACAGUUUCAUAUGUAGGGGCAAUCGUGUGGAAUAAAUCAAGCUUAGAAGGAGUUUUGUGGUGAUUAAAGUCACAGAACUUAGUGUGUUGUAGCUAUGGGCGAGGCUAGGAUCUGUCGCUAGUUGUUCAAGUCUUUUGUCUUUAUAAUGUGGUAAAGAACAGGAAGUAAAAAGAACAUCAUGUGGGAAAAAUGUUGGAAGUAGUAAUGAAGAAUCAGACUGAAAAGUGAAAACAAAACUUUUGUCAGAAAGUGUAUGCAUAUAAAGUGAUAGGACUAUAUACAGUAGAAGGACAAAUGCAUGGUAUAAGCAUCAGAUUUAUACCACAUGUUUGGAUUAAAGUAGUAGUGCUAUACUUAAUGUUCAGUUGCCUCAAAGUUGACAUUGUGUUUCCCAGGGCUGUAGCAACCGGGGUGGGGUUGGGGGGGGGGGUUGUGGUGGUGGUGGUUUAUGGUCUGCAGCACCCCAAAUAAUUUGUAAACUAGCGAAAAUCUGUAAAGUUUGAGAGGGAAAUAAUGACCUAAUAAUCGCCACUGAUUAAUCAGCCCCCCCCCCCCAUACAAAAUUGCUUCCUAUGGUAGUGGUUUCACAUGAACUCAUGAAGUCAUAAACAAUUAUACAAUGUGAUAUUUGCUGUGUUGGUGUAGUGUACUCAGGUGAAUAAGAUGCUUGUGAUGUUACUCUUGAGUGUGAAUCGACACCGGGCAGGCUUGAACAAUAUGCCUGGCCACGGUGGGAAUCGAACCUACGACCUUUGGAAUACUUGCCCAAUGCUCUGCCAACUGAGCUACGCGGUCAGGUCGGUUCGAGCAUGCGAUAUUUCGGAACUGAGGCUAGUUCCUUCGAUAUCAGUGUAAUCUAAUAAUCAUGAUAUUUGCUGUGUUGGUGUAGUGUACUCAGGUGAAUAAGAUGCUUGUGAUGUUACUCUGAGUGUGAAUCCACACCGGGCAGGCUUGAACAAUAUGCCUGGCAACGGUGGGAAUUGAACCUACAACCUUUGGACUACUAGCCCAAUGCUCUGCCAACUGAGCUAUGCGGUCAGGUCGGUUCGAGUGUGAGAUAUUUCGGAACUGAGUCUAGUUCCUUCGAUAUCAGUGUAAACUAAUAAUCAUGAUAUUUGCUGUGUUGGCAAAUAUCAUGAUUAUUAGAUUACAUUGAAAUAUCAUGAUUAUUAGAUUACACUGAUAUCGAAGGAACUAGACUCAGUUCCGAAAUAUCGCAUAUUCGAACCGACCUGACCGCGUAGCUCAGUUGGCAGAGCAUUGGGCUAGUAUUCCAAAGGUCGUAGGUUCGAUUCCCACCGUGGCCAGGCAUAUUUUUCAAGCCUGCCCGGUGUGGUUUUUCAAUAAUCAGAAGUAUAUAAUGGUAAUACUAGAUUUUCAUCUACAUUAUCCUUCAACUGUUAAUCAAGUGUGAUGCCAACAAAAUCUUGAUAUUUACCCAUAACCAACAUGUGGCAGUACAUACAGUAUAUACAUGAACUUGUCGUUAGAGCUUGACAACUGGUGUCUGUACCUCAGUUGGUUAAAGCACUGUAUUGCCAGUACCAAUAUAGAAUAGAAUAGAAUAGAAUAGAAACUUUAUUUCACGAGGGAAAACGUAUUAACCGUAAAAGUUAUCUAACAUACGGCCCUCGCACUAUUUUGAUAUUUACAGGCAUAAAAAGUAUUAAGAAUUACGACUAUUUACAUUUGAGAAAAAAAAUAAUUAGUAAUGAAUACAAUUACAAUUUAGUAAAUAUUUACAAUUUAUACAAAAUAGAUCUUCGAUAUGGUUAGUAAGGGUAAGCUUGUUAAGAAAGAUUUUACGAAUUUUUUGAUUGGCGUUAGUAUAUGAAGAGCAAGAUGGCGAAGCAGCAAGUUGCUUACAAUCUCUAUCUAAGCAAUUAAAAAGAAUGGAAGCACUGUACAGAAAUGUUCGUUUACCAGAGUCAGUACGCGGGAAGGGGGGUUGAAGGUCAUAUGCCAGAGGGCCGCAAGUUCAAUUCCUGACAGGGGCCUGUAGAUGAAUUUUUCACAACUGUUUCUGGUUAGGUCUAGGCUAAUAAAUAUAUAUGUAUAAAUUUCCACUCGACAAUUUCCAUUUACAAGACCAUGUUUAAUUCAUGAGCAUUUUGAAACAUUUCACGAAAAGCCUGUGACAUAUAUUUCAGAUUACCCCUUGAUUAUUUUCAUUACGCACUUCAGAAAAUGAAACUUGUACAAGUAAAUAACUACAGUAUUUACUAAUAUUUACACUAGUUUUGUACAAAAAUUAAUGAAACAAAAUAAUAUUGUCUUGUUAUCACAACCACAAUAACGUCAUCUUGACGCCAACUGCUUUCAGUCAGCUGUGACCAAUUUGUAUAUAAUGAUCGGAAAAAAUAUUUGUUCAGUUGAAAAAGCGAGCGGUUACUCCAUGCAUGCUUUUUUUUCUACUGUUUCCGACAAUUCACACGCUGUGGCUCCGGUGUAUGCCAUUCAAAAUAUUGUAUUAAUAACUCAAUAAGAAUGAGAUUGUCGCGUUAAUUAACAUCAUUACUAUUUUUUUAUUUAUUUUUAGAAAUCUUACAUCAACCUCCAGCAAGUGGAAGACGACGGACUACAAACAACGGUCAAGCCUUUUAAAGUGAUAACCACAGAUGAUAAGAUAGAUGCUUGA